AUGCUCCACGCCGAGCCCCGCGCGCUGGCGGGGCGGCGCGUCCUCGUCAUCGGCGCCGGGCCGAGCGGCCUCGUGGCGCUCAAGGAGCACCUCGCCUGCGGCAACGACGCCGUCGCCGUGGAGCGGACGCCGCGCAUCGGCGGCUGGUUCGCCGCCGACGACGACGCGGCCUACGACACGCUCAUGCUGACGACGUCCAACUACUUCAUGGCCUACAGCGACGCGCCGCCGCCCAAGGGCGAGAAGAUGCGCUACUGGACGAAGAAGGAGUACGCGGCCUACCUCGAGGCCUACGCGGCGCGCUUCGACCUGAAGCCGCACAUCGAGUUCUCCACGGACCUCGUCCGCUGCGCCUACGCGGGCGGCCGGUGGACCGCGACGACGCGCGCCGGCGGCGCGGCCGCCGAGCGGUCCUUCGACGCCGUCGUCGCGUGCACGGGCAGCAACAGCGACCCCAAGUGGCCCCGCGAGGUCGCCGCGGGCUUCCCGGGCGCGCAGCUCCACUCGUCGGACUACAAGAACGCGACCCGCUUCGCGGGGCAGACCGUCGUCGUCGUCGGCCUCGGCGAGUCGUCCGCGGACCUCGCGAGCGAGGUCGCCGCGGUGGCCGCGCGCGCGGUCGUCUGGACGCGGUCGCCGCCGACCAUCGCGCCGCGCUUCCCCGCCCUCCUCGACAAGUUCCCCGACGAGUACGCCAUCAUCACGGACAAGGCGGAGGCGGACAAGUGCGCGAUGCCCGACUUUCUCGAGUACAUGACGACGCCGCGCGUCAUGCAGGCCGCGUCCGUCUUCCUCGUCGGCGCGAACAAGCAGCAGUACUUCGGCAUGAUCAAGGACGACGCGAGUGCGUCGCCCGAGGCGCGGCUCAGCGCCAAGCUCAUCGUCGCGGCGACGAGGGACGCGUACUACCAGAGCGACCAGGCGCGCUACAUCACGAAGAACGGCCGCCCGCUGAAGCUGCUCUGCGAGGGGAAGAUGAAGCUCGUCUGCGCGAAACAAUUGGCCGUCGGCGCCGACGCCGUGGCCCGUUUUACGGACGUGAGCUUCGCGGACCUCGACGCGUGCGACCCGCCGCGCGCGGCGGUCGACGUGCCGAACGUCGACGCGAUCUUGUGGUGCACGGGCUACACGACGAAGCUCGCCUGGCUCGCCGAGGACCUGCCCCGGGACCCCCGGGCCUGGUACAAGCACUGCUUCGCGCCCGGCUACGGCGCGUCGCUCGCCAUGGUCGGCUGGGCCCGGGGCCACCAGGGCGGCAUCCCGCAGAUGGCCGAGCUGCUCGCGCGGUACCACGCGCUCCUCGUCGCCGGCGAGCGAAAACUGCCGGCGGACUACGCGGCGCGCGCGGCGCGCGACGGCGCGGAGGAGACGGCCUACUACCGCCUCUCGCCCCAGCUCCGGCCCCUCGUCGACUACCCGGCCUUCGCGGACUCCGUCGCGGCGCUCAUCGGCUGCGAGCCGCGCGCGCCGAACCCGCUCCUCGACCCGGCGCGCUGCUUCAAGUACUGGACCUACCCGCUCUGGGCGUGCUGGUUCCGCGAGGUCGGGCCGGGCGCCGCGCCGGACGUCCUCGACGACGUCCUCGGCCGGUUCCCCGUCAAGGAGUCCGUGGCCGUGUCCCGGAACAACUCGCCCGCGCCCUUCGGCGUCUUCCCCAUGCUCGUCAUCGGCGCCAUCUCCGCGCUGCUCCAGCUCGCGCCGUCGCUCGUGGGGCUCGCCACGGGCAAGUUCGCGCCCGGCUUCACCGCCGGCUGGGGCUGGGCCAAGCCCAAGCACCGCGUCCUCCACCGCGGCGCGGCCCCGGCCUAG